GCUGCAGCCCGGGCCGGGUUGCGCUGCGCUGGGGGAGCAGGUUUCUUUGUUGGCUGCCGGGUGACUGGUUCCCAUUAAUCUCCCGCACUGGUCGUGGCCGUCUCCACUUCCUGCCUUUGCAUACUUCUCUCUCCCUCGAUUUCAGUCCCUUCCCACCCCUUUCCCUCCCCCCUUUCUUUCCCUCUUCCCAGCUUCUCCAAAAAAGCUACGAUCGCCCGGGCUGCGGGACGGGGGCUGCAGGCAGCCGGCGGAGGGAGCGCAUCCCCGCGCACCUCGAAACAUGAAAGAAUACAGGAAAUCCUGCAUGACCUUAUGAAUACCUGUGCUAAUUAAGUCACUGGCUUGGUACUGGAAGAACAGCAAGAUAAUAACACAGAGUUUUGUCUGGGAAAUACAAAUCUGAGAAUGGAGUGGAAAGGGAAAUGCUCCAAAUUUCAGAUAUCCACAUUUCUAGAGAGCAGAAAUGACCAUGACUGCCAACAAGAACAGCAGUGUCAACAGCAGAGCUGGAGGGAGUAAAGUGCCUCAGGACACUCUGGAUAGGUGCCAGUCAGCCACUCUGCCGCCCCUGUUGUCCCCGCAAAGAAGCCCUGCCUACCCCCUCAGUGACAGCGAGGACUCUUCCCGCUCUACGGGGCUCUCCAAAGGCUCCAGCUCCAGGCGGUGCCUCAAGGACUGGAACAGCCGCACGUCUACGCUGCGAAGCACCUCCACGAGCCCCUCGGACACCGACUCCCCGAGCCGCCCCCUCAAAGCCAUCAGCGUGGGUGCUUUGGAUAAAAGGCUGUCUGUGUUCAAGGCUGACCAAAAGGAGAGUCCAAAUAAGGGUCAAGACAGGGAAGCAGUAGGGAGCCAUCCACUCACCAGGAGCACUCUGUCCUUGGGCACUGCCUCCAAAUUGAGGACCCUCUCCAUCAGCAGGGUGAGCGUCCGCUCGCAGGCGCUGGACAUCCGGCAGAAGAUCACAGAAUGGGAAUGCCGCCGGGAGCUGUCCCCCAGGACGAGCGUGUGUAUGGACAAGAGGGAUGCUGGGGAGAGGUCGGGCAGUGAGAGCUGCCCCAGCGUGCUGACCUCUCCCUGCAGCGACAAAACAUUUGAUUUCAAAGGGCUCAGAAGAAUGAGCCGAACAUUUUCCGAGUGCUCUUACCCGGAAACAGAGGAGGAGGAACUACUGGACAGGGAUUCCUGCCAUCGGUUUGAAAAGAGACCAGGCAGGAGCGAACCUCCUUUCCUUAAGAGCCAUGUGAGGAAAGAGUCCUCCGCUGUGCUCAACAGAAUCCAGAAGAUCGAGCAGGCACUGAAGGAGCAGUCGGGCAGAGGCCUCCCCCAGUUACCAAGUAGCUGCUACAGUGUUGACAAAGGGAGGAAAAAGUCUGGGACUCUGAGUACUGUGGAGGGACUGAGCGAAGCCCUGAGCGAUAGCAAAGGAGGGGGCGUUAUUUUGGGGAGUGAACCAGAAACACCUCCUGAGGCUGAGAAAAGCAGUAAAACGAAACAGGGGGUCACUGCGAACUCAGCUGGCCCCAAAGUGCUCCUGGAAAGCGCGGCUAACAGCGCCGUCAAUCCCGUCCCCAAGCCCAAACGCACCUUUGAGUACGAGGCAGACAAAUCCCACAAAAGCAAACCAAGCAAUGGCCUACCUCCAUCUCCCACACCUGCUGCUCCUCCUCCCCUCCCGUCCACUCCUGCGCCCCCCGUCACCAGGAGGCAGAAGAAAGAGUCGCGCUUUCACAGAAAAUCCCAGAAUAGAAAAUCCUUUGAGUUUGAGGAUGCCUCAAGCCUGCAAUCCCUGUACCCUCCCUCCCCGACUGAAAAUGGAACUGAGAGCCAGCAUAAAUUUGGAUCCAAGAGCACUUUAGAAGAAAAUGCCUACGAAGACAUCGUAGGCGAGUCACCCAAGGAAAACCCGUACGAGGAUGUGGAGCUGAAAGGCCGUCACGCUGGGCGAAAAUCCCAUCAGCUGUCCGAGAACUCCCUAGAUUCCCUGCACAGGAUGUGGACGCCGCAGAGCAGGAAAUACCCAGCCCCUCCUCAGCUGCCCUCCAAGGCCAGCAGCCACUCCCUGCGCGUCGGGAACUGGUCAGAGAGGAAGAGCCACCGCCUGCCGCGGCUGCCCAAGCGGCACAGCCACGAUGACAUGCUGCUGCUGGCUCAGCUGGGCAUCCCCUCGUCCCCCUCCAGCCUCAAUGAGGACAGCCUGAGCACCGCCAGCGAGCUGCUGUCCACGCGGCGCGCCAGGAGGAUCCCCAAGCUUGUCCAAAGAAUUAAUUCCAUCUACAGUGCAAAAAGAGGGAAAAAACGACUGAAGAAACUUUCCAUGUCCAAUAUUGAGACGGCAUCCCUACGAGAUGAGAACAGCGAGAGUGAGAGUGACUCAGAUGACAGGUUUAAAGCUCAUACCCAGCGCCUUGUGCACAUCCAGUCAAUGCUGAAGAGGGCUCCAAGUUAUCGAACCCUGGAACUGGAGCUGAUUGAGUGGCAGGAGCGGGAGUUGUUUGAGUAUUUUGUGGUAGUGUCCCUGAAAAAGAAGCCCUCUAAAAACACUUACCUCCCAGAAGUGACAUACCAGUUUCCCAAGCUGGAGAGACCAACCAAGCAGAUGCGGGAAGCGGAGGAGCGCCUCAAGGCUAUCCCACAGUUCUGCUUCCCUGAUGCCAAGGACUGGCUCCCUGUCUCUGAGUACAACAGUGAGACCUUCUCUUUCAUGCUGACUGGGGAGGAUGGCAGCCGGCGCUUCGGGUACUGCAGGAGGCUGUUGCCCAAUGGAAAAGGCCCACGCCUACCUGAAGUUUACUGUGUCAUCAGCCGCCUGGGGUGCUUUGACUUAUUUUCUAAGAUCCUGGAUGAGGUUGAAAGGAGAAGGGGAAUAUCUGCUGCCCUGGUUUAUCCAUUUAUGAGAAGUCUGAUGGAAUCUCCUUUUCCUGCACCUGGAAAGACAAUCAAAGUCAAAACCUUCCUGCCUGGAGCUGGAAAUGAGGUCAUUGAGCUGCGGAGGCCCAUGGACUCCCGCCUGGAACACGUGGAUUUUGAGUGCCUCUUCCAGUGCCUCAGCGUGCGGCAGAUCAUCCGCAUCUUCGCCUCCCUGCUGCUGGAGCGCCGCGUCAUCUUUGUGGCAGACAAGCUCAGCACCCUGUCGAGCUGCUCCCAUGCUGUAGUGGCCCUGCUGUACCCCUUCUCCUGGCAGCACACCUUCAUCCCUGUCCUGCCCUCAUCCAUGAUUGACAUCGUGUGCUGCCCUACCCCCUUCCUGGUGGGACUGCUCUCCAGCUCUCUGCCCAAACUCAAGGACCUGCCUGUAGAGGAGGCUUUGAUGGUUAACCUGGGAUCUGAUCGAUUCAUUAGACAGAUGGAUGAUGAAGACACACUAUUACCUAGAAAAUUGCAAGCUGCUCUGGAGCAGGCUCUGGAGAGAAAGAAUGAACUGAUAAAUCAGGAUUCAGAUAGUGAUUCAGAUGAUGAAUGUAACACCCUGAAUGGAUUAGUGUCUGAGGUUUUUAUCCGAUUCUUUGUGGAGACAGUUGGCCAUUAUUCCCUGUUCCUAACCCAGAAUGAAAAAGGAGAGCGUGCCUUCCAAAGGGAGGCUUUCCGUAAAUCUGUGGCCUCCAAGAGUAUCCGCCGCUUCUUGGAAGUUUUCAUGGAAUCCCAAAUGUUCGCUGGCUUCAUCCAGGACAGAGAGCUGAGGAAAUGCAGGGCUAAAGGGCUCUUCGAGCAGAGGGUGGAACAGUAUUUGGAAGAGCUGCCGGACACGGAACAGAGUGGAGUAAACAAGUUCCUGCGAGGCCUCGGUAACAAAAUGAAGUUCCUUCACAAGAAGAACUAGCUCCUUCCUGCUGGAACACCAGCCCCAAGCCUGUUCAUGGCUCUGUGCGAGACACCUGCGGCGUUGGAGCGUGGAGCGGGAGGAGGGCAGAGCAAGCUGACAGCAGCUCCGGGCAAUGACCGAUGCUGUGUCAGUGAUGGCUCCUCUGUGUACUUGGGUAGAGUUUGUACAUAAUGUGCUGUAAGCUUUUGUAACUGAUUUUGUAAUGAGCGAGAAAACUGUGGUAAAUAUUUGUAUAUUCCUGAGAAUACCAGGGGCUUGUUUUUUUCUUUAGUAUGAGUUGAGUUAUGCUUGGUGCAGGAACGAGUAGCUGAUGAUGUGCAGCCGACUGUCUCGGCAGAACCACUGACUUCAAGGGAUGUUUGAUGGCUGAACACUGCGGGGUGAAUGAGCUCAGGUACGUGGGAGAGGUUGUACACACGGGGCUGCUCUCGUGAGGCACAGGCGCUUGUCUAUUUCCUUGGAAUUAAUUUUAAAGGAGAAAUAACAAAGCGACUUGAUAAUAAGGUACUUGGUUCACAUUACAAAACCUCCACUUGGUUUGAACUCUGGUCAGUAAACUCCUUGUAACCCAUUCUGCACUAAGACUGCUAAGCCUGGGGGGAUCUCAGCUCUCUGACAUGCAAGCUGCAGCGAGUAGGUACAGUACAGCCUUUCCUAAUGUAUGUAUGUAUGGAUCCUAAUAAACUCUGUAAAUAGA